UGUCAGUCAGUCAGUCUUGUCAUUUGUAAUUUUUUCAAUUUUCUACACAGCCGUAAAGUUUAUUUUUACUGUAAUAUUCAAUAGAAUAGAAAGUAUUAGUCACUGGUUUUGUGUGUUGCUAUCAUAAUCAUACUUGCAACAUUUAUUACAUAAUAACAGUUAAUAAUUGCGUUGGAGUGUAACUUAGAUUAUUUUAGUUAAUUAUUAUUGUCACAAAGAAGAUUCUUCAAUCGAGAAGGGCAUAUUAUCAGUAAUAAUGGACUCCAACAGACCAGAGUUAUAUGAAGAUGUUAAGCUCUUCAGAAAUGCUCGUGAGCGUGAAAAGUAUGACAACAUGGCUGACUUGUACGCUGUGAUCAAUACGUUGCAGAACCUAGAGAAGGCGUACAUUAGAGACUGUGUGACUCCCAAGGAAUACACAGCGGCUUGCAGCAAGCUGCUGGUACAGUACAAGGCAGCAUUCAAACAAGUGCAGGGCGAGGACUUUCCCAACAUCGAAGUGUUUGUCAAGAAAUAUCGGUUGGACUGCCCAGCUGCCAUGGAGAGGAUUAAAGAAGAUAGACCAAUAACAAUAAAAGACGACAAGGGAAACACUAGCAAAUGUAUUGCUGAUAUUGUGUCGCUGUUUAUAACUCUGAUGGACAAACUGCGACUGGAGAUCAAAGCAAUGGACGAGCUUCACCCGGAUCUGCGAGACUUGGUCGACACGAUGAACAGACUGAGUCUACUGCCUUCGGACUUUGAGGGGAAACGUAAAGUAGCGGAAUGGCUCUCGGUGUUAGACAACAUGGGAGCUUCCGACGAGCUGUCUGAAACUCAGGUGCGUCAGCUCAUAUUUGAUCUCGAGUCGUCAUAUAACGCAUUCAACAAGCUUCUUCACAACAGUAGCUAAAACCUGUCUCUGUGGCUCUGAACAUUAUAUUACAUUUCAUUUAUUACUAAUUAUUGAUGUUACUUUGUAAGCUUUAACGAUUUGAAUGAAAUUGAACAAAUUGCAUUAUAGAAUUGCUUGUAUAAUCUAAAAAAAAACUUAGUAAUAAGCUUUUAUAUGUGUUUUAGAUUUUUUUGUUGUGCCAAAAAAGCUUGGUUAUGGCCAUAGAUUUUGCUUGUUCCUAUCUUAGCCAAUAAAAUAUAGCAUUGGAUUUCGUUAGGAAAUAUUUAUUUUUGUAAUAGUUUUAUUGUAAUAAUUUACAAAUGAAAUGCUACAAACUUUGAAAAGACGUUAAGCUUUUUUAUUUUCACGAGCUAGAGGUUGUAUUUUGUUAGUUGAGCAUUUACAAGUUGGUUUGCAAUAAGGUAAAUCCCAAGAUAAAAUCAGUUACACUAUAGAACGAUAUGUCCUAGCAAAAUGUUUAUUAUUUAUUAUGUAUAAUGAAGAAAAUUCUGCCACAAUUAAAAUAUUAAAUAUAAAUCAGCUACACACUUUGAUCAGUAGGUAGGUACGGUAUAAAAAAACUUUUUGAUGAAUAAAAAACUUGUAUAGCUGUACAAAAUUGUAUAUACCUUACUGGUAUAUGUUUGCAAUGUAAUUUACUUGUUUGCCUUAAUCAGUCUAGUCCUGUUAACGUUUUGCCGAUAACAUUUUUGUUGCAAUAUUGUAUUUUAUUUAUUAAAUUUCAGAGUUGUGAUAGUAUUGUGUAACUACGUAUGUAACUUAUUGUAAUUAAUUGAAAAUUGUUAGCAUAUUUAAGGAAAUGCCUAAAGAUGAAAAAUGAUUUGAACAGAUAAUACAUACAUUUUUUAC